CAUUACAAUAAAGGGAAGAAACGGAGAUCAAAAAAGAGUUUUAUCUCUACCAAAUAAGAAGAAGAAAAGCAACAAUGGCAUUUGAAAGAUCAUGCUUCUUCUUGUUUUUCUUCUUCCUUGCUGUUGGCUUGGCCUCCUCUUCCCCAUCCUACAUCUCAUAUGACGCGCUUAAUGUUCACAUGCGCCGUGGCCUUCUUGAAAGGUUUUUCGUGAAGACUGAUUGUCCCAUUGAUUUCGAGAAGGAAGACUUCUCCGUCCUUACAAACCAAUGCAAAGGACCAAAUUACAACCCAGUGACAUGUUGCAAUGGGCUUAAGCAAAUAGCCUGCAGAUACGCAGAAGAAAUAAAUGACGAGAACAGUGGGUGUGCGUCGGGCAUGAACCACUUCAUUAAUAAAAAAGGAGGCUACCCAAUGGGUCUCUUUAGUAAUAUGUGCAGAGACGAUAGAGAGGGUUUGAGCUGUGCAACCACUACUGGUCCAGCUAUAAACAAACUAAGGGGCACUUUUGCUGCAAAACCAAGAGGCAGAAAUUAAAUUAGUGAUGACAAAAUAGCUUGGAUUAAUUAA